AUGAUUUAUGUUUAAUACAACUAAACUGACAACCUCAUUACGACCCUGAGUUGGUUUGGAGCCGAUUUGGCACGGGGUUGUUUUGAGUGCAGAAAAUUGGUUUAGGGCCCAGUUGGCAUAUGGCCGUUAGCUUGGGGCCGAUAUGACGUGUAGGGCAACUGGGCCAUUUUGGCUUCCAUGGAAAUUCAAACCCGAUUAGAGAUAGCUGAAAUUUCACACUCUUGAACAACGCUAGUUUUAUAAUAAAAUAACAAUGGUAUAAUUAGGAUUAUUCAUCGAUUUAUUAAUAACAUAACUAUAUCACUAUUAUGUUUGUUCAUAAAGUUUUUCAUUUGGAUCUUAAGAAAGUGAAAUAUACCAGAUAUGCAUAAGAGCUUUCGUUGCAGAGAGGGCGAGGUAUUGCUUGAAGGGGAGAUAUAUAACGGUAGGAAAGGUCACACAAAUGCACUAGAGAUUAAAACAGUUGGUAUUUUUGUUAUUGUAGUCACUGACAUUGAUUUUCAUUAAUUGUAUUUUUAUUCUUUUAAAAUUUAAAGGAUUAAUGUUUUAAUUAGGCCUCUGUGUAUUUUAUAGUCAUAGGGACCCCUCGGGAAAUAAGAUUGUUUUACGUCGGACAUCUUUUGUGGGCUACUUGGUUCCGCUUUUUUCAUGUUUCUUGUUCUUGUAUUUUAAUGUUAUCGAAUCAAUAUUUUUCCCCAGUUUGUGUAUAGACUUUUAUAUCUUAAUAUUUUUCUUGUUCUUGCAUCGUUUAUGACUGUAUUUUAUCUGUAUGUACGUUUAUUGCAACACAAUAAAUUCAAAUCAAAUCAAAUCAAAUCAGAAAUCAAUAGCUAGUUCACUUUCGUGCAGGGUAUUACAUUUCAUUUGGUUCAUUGUCUCCGAUCCAUUAUAGUUGAAUGGUAGAGCGUGGUGCUAACUCACCGAUUGUGAAUGCAACAAUAAUACGUAUCCAUUACAUUUUCUGACGUUCACACCGAAUUUUGUAGUCUUAAGAACAACAAUAAACUGAUGAUUCACAGUUAAACUGAGAACGCCAAAACAAACAGUGAUGGCCUACACAAAACAAGCAAACAAGCUUUGAACCAUUUCGAGUAGAGAAAUACCGGCAUUGAUAUUCGAGGUAAUGUAGCAUAAAGAAGUACUAGAUGCAGCCUUGCCAAUUCUACCAUGGAUACGUGUGUAAGAUGUGUAGGCAUUUGGCUUUUGAUGUUCCUGAUUAAUUCAGAUUCAGAGGCAGCAACAUAUUUUUCUGACGGAAACGAAUGUAAGCGAGAGUGCAAGUGGCCAGCAGAGCCGGCAGUUUGCAGGUUUAACUUCACUGUUGAGUGGUACUACCCGCUGUCGAAAGCAUGCUAUCGCUGUCCUCUCUCACAGACAGACUGUGAUUUACCGCACUGUAUAGCACUCAACGGCGUGAAGAGACCAAUAAUGGUUGCCAACCGUCAAUUACCAGGACCCCUGAUACAGGUCUGUGAAGGAGAUACAAUAGAAGUUGAGGUAAAAAACAGGCUACCUACAGGAGAAGGAACGUCAAUUCACUGGCACGGUCUUCAUUCAAGAGGUAACCCGUAUAUGGACGGCGUCCCUAUGCUAACUCAGUGUCCUAUUACAUCGAGGACAAAUUUUCUGUAUUCCUUCCAAGCUGAGCCAGCAGGAACUCACUGGUGGCAUAGUGAGGCGGGGACGCAACGUGCAAAUGGUUUAUUUGGUGCACUUAUUGUUCGACAAGCACAGUCACGUGACACACAUUACUCAUUGUACGACUACGAUCUGUCAGAGCACACGAUAAUUGUAAAUGAUUGGUUUAAUGAUACAUUUCUUGAUAAUUUAGCUGAAUGCCAGGCUGUGUGCUCUUUCAAUCCAGACACAGUUCUUAUUAAUGGCAAGGGAAAGUUUGAUAGGGUCGUCGUUGGCCGGAACUCAGCAUAUACGCCUCGAGAGACAUUUUCCGUUCAGCAGAAUUUCCGAUACCGCUUUCGAAUGAUCAGCAGUGGCAUUACCGAUUGUGGACUCACUUUGUCGAUAGACAGUCACACGAUGACAGUUAUUGCAUCAGAUGGCGCACCGAUUGAGCCGAUUGAAACCAAUAAAUUACUAAUCUACGGUGGAGAACGUUUUGAUUUUAUAUUAACUUCAGAUAAAAAUGUUGAUAACUAUUGGAUAAGGGUGCAAGAAUCAGAUGUUUGCAAUGGACAACGAGAACUAGCAAUACUGCGCUACGCUGGAGCUCCAACAAUAGAUCCCGAUGAAGACGAAACGAUGGCGCCAGAAGGAGGUGCUAUACCAGGCGUUGGCACAGUAAAUACAUUAGAUUCUACAGGAACACCAGUUGUACAGCUAAAUUCAUUAGACGAUGAUAGCCUAAGUACCACUCCGUCUAAAAUUUUCUACAUUGCGGCUGACAGUCGACAUAUAAAUGACCAUUUCAACGACCCACUCUACUACCCACGUGAUAUAUUUCCAGAGCGACAGAUUUUGGAAUCUCCACAACUGGAUAACAUCACUUUCAUUUUCCCAUCAUCCCCGCCGCUCUUUCAAUUCACUGAAAUUCCGGAGAACGAGAUUUGCGCAAAAGACAGUCUUUUGAUAGACGGAAAGAAUUGUGCCGAUAAUUUCUGUGAAUGUACACACACUCUUGAUGUUGACAUGGGUGACGAUGUAGAAAUAAUCUUAGUGAAUGAAGCACAAUUGAACGCUUCCAGCCACCAUUUUCACUUACAUGGGUACCACUUCAGAGUUGUUGGUCAGGGCACUAUUGCAGAAAAGACGACUGUUGCAGAGGUGAAAGAAUUGGACCGUCAAGGUUCGUUGCCGCGCAAGCUUCAAGGUGCUCCUAAAAAAGACACUGUAAUCGUACCAAGUGGCGGAUACGUCAUCUUACGCAUCCAUGCCGACAACCCUGGCUGGUGGAUUUUCCACUGUGAAUCUGAGCAAGAUGCUGAGCUUGGAAUGUCACUGGUGUUACAUGUAGGUGAAGACUCAGACUUGCCGGCUGCACCUGAAGAUUUUCCUCGGUGCGAAUCGUGGCCGAAGACAAAGAUGCAAGAUAAACCCACAUAUGAGGCAGCAACAUAUUUUUCUGACGGAAACGAGUGUAAACGAGAGUGCAAGUGGCCAGCAGAGCCCGCAGUUUGCAGGUUUAACUUCACCGUUGAGUGGUACUACCCGCUGUCGAAAGCCUGCUUUCGCUGUCCUCACUCACUAACAGACUGUAAUUUACCUCACUGUAUAGCACUGAACGGCGUGAAGAGACCAAUACUUGUUGCCAACCGUCAAUUACCAGGACCCAUGAUACAGGUUUGUGAAGGAGAUACCAUAGAAGUUGAGGUAAAAAAUAGACUGCCUACAGGAGAAGGAACUUCAAUUCACUGGCACGGUCUUCACGCAAGAGGUAACCCGUACAUGGACGGCGUCCCUAUGCUAACCCAGUGUCCUAUUCCCUCUCGAACAGAUUUCCUGUAUUCAUUCCAGGCAGAUCCAGCAGGAACUCAUUGGUGGCAUAGUCAUGCUGGCCCACAGCGUGCUGAUGGUUUGUUUGGAGCGCUCAUUGUUAGACAAGCACAGUCACGUGACACACAUUACUCACUGUACGAUUAUGAUCUGUCGGAACACACGAUAAUCGUACAUGAUUGGCUUAAUAAUACAUUUCUUAACAAGUUUGCCGAAUGCCAUGCUGUAUGUUCAUUUGAUCCAGACACAGUACUUAUCAAUGGCAAGGGUAAGUUUGAGCAGCUCACCUUAGAAAGCGAUAUGGCAUACACGCCUCGAGAGACGUUCACCGUGAUGCAAAACGCUCGAUACCGUUUUCGAAUGAUCAGCAACGCCAUUACCAAUUGUGAGCUAACGUUGUCGAUAGACGGCCACACAAUGACAGUUAUUGCAUCAGAUGGCGCACCGAUUGAGCCGAUUGAAACCGAUAAGUUAUUAAUAUAUGGCGGAGAACGUUUCGAUUUUGUUUUGGCAGCAGAUCAGUCUGUAAGUAAUUAUUGGAUGAGGGUGCAAGGAUCCAAAAUUUGCAGUGAUCAAAGUGAACAAGCGAUACUGCGUUACAUGGGUGCUCCGGAAGGAGAUCCCAUUGAUCUUACAGUACCAGGAGGAGGAGGAGGAGGAGUAGGGUUAAGACCCGGUUUAGGAACAGUAAAUACAAUAGGUGAUACAGGAACAAACAUUGUACAGCUAAAUUCGGUAGAGAGCGACACUGAAGUUCUAAGCACCACGCCGGAUAAAGUCUUCUACAUAGCCGCUGAUAGUCGACACAUAAAUGAUCAUUUUAACGACCCAUUGUACUACCCUCGCGAUACCUUUGCAGAAGGACAGAUCUUGGAGUCUCCACAACUGGAUAACAUCACUUUCAUUUUCCCGUCAUCCCCACCGCUCAUCCAAUUCAAUGAUAUUCUAGAUGACGAGAUUUGCACAAAAGACACUCUUUUGAACGACGGAAAGAAUUGUGUCGAUAAUUUCUGUGAAUGUACACAUACUCUUGAUGUUGACUUGGGUGACGAUAUAGAAUUAAUCAUAGUCAAUGAGGCACAGUUAACUGCUUCCAGCCAUCCGUUCCACUUGCAUGGAUACUACUUCAGAGUUGUGGGUCAGGAUACUAUUGCAGAAAAGACGACUGUUGCAGAGGUGAAAGAAUUGGACCGUCAAGGUUCUCUACCGCGCAAACUUCAAGGUGCUGUAAAAAAAGACACCGUAAUAGUACCGAGUGGCGGAUACGUAAUCUUACGUGUCCAUGCCGACAACCCUGGUUGGUGGCUUCUCCAUUGCCAUAUUGAGCAACACACUGAACUUGGAAUGGCACUAGUUUUACACGUAGGUGAAGACAUAGAUUUACCGACGGCCCCCGCCGAGUUACCUCAAUGCGGAUCUUGGACACCUCAGAGCGAAGGCAAAGUUACAGCCCCAGAUCUGGUUGUUGAAACUUCACAUCCAGGAGACCAAAUAGAGGACAACGAUGAAUCGACAGCUGGUGAUUCAUCGCCAACUGUGGGUUCUGGAACCACAGAUAUGAAUAGUAUUGAAAGAAAUGUUAUAUUUUGUAUAACUAUAGCUUGGCUUCUUUAUAUAACUUCUACUUAAGUGGAUAAAGUGACGGAAGACUAUACUUCUUAAAAUAAAAGUGUUUAAAUGUUUUUGACAGUUUUGUGAAUCACAUCCCAAUAUCCUGGAAUUGCAUCGCAACCUUAUGGAAUCGCAUCGUAAUCUCAUGAUUCGCAUCACCCAAAGCAGACUUCGAGGAUGGUUGAAUUUUUGCGCAGAAUAUCUUCGGGUAUUUUGGAAACCCUAGCGGCAAGGAACAUAAAAGAUUGUACAAAAGAAAAAUCAGUAUUUUAAUGCUUAAUUAUUAUAUUGAUUAUAGAUAUGUAAAAUAUAUUUUAUCUAAACAUCUUGAUAA